GGUUCAGUGACGUCAUUACGCUCGCACCGGAGCAGGAAGUGCCAGUGUCGUCGGUGGGAUUCUAAACAACGCAAAAACAACAUGCGCACUCUCGCGCUGUAACGAGCAAACAUGUAACAUCACAUUAUUCACCAGAACUAGCAAAGCACUGAAUCAACGAGUUCAAACCAAUGACUGUCUAACGGAGGCGUGGAGACUCGUUUCACGGAGGAGAGAUGAAAGAGGUUCGGGGCUGUGGUAUGCGGAGCGCCGUCGGGUUCCUCUCCCGCAGGACACUCGGCGGACAGCCGCACCUGAAGGAGGAGUUCCAGCGGCGCAGGCUGGCCGGCUGCUCCACCCUCUUCAAGAAGGACAUGCUCGGCCACUUCGGCUGCGUCAACGCCAUCGAGUUCUCUAACAAUGGAGGCCAGUGGCUGGUGUCCGGUGGUGAUGACCGCCGAGUGUUGCUGUGGCACAUGGAGAAAGCAAUACACUCACGUGCCAAACCAAUCAAGUUGAAGGGGGAGCACCUGUCCAACAUCUUCUGCCUGGCGUUUGACAGCACCAACAAGCGUGUUUUCUCUGGAGGAAACGAUGAGCAGGUGAUUCUGCAUGAUGUCGAACGCGGUGAGACGCUCAAUGUCUUCCUACAUGAUGACGCUGUCUACGGUCUGUCUGUCAGCCCUGUUAAUGAUAACGUCUUCGCCAGCUCCUCUGAUGAUGGCCGAGUUCUCAUAUGGGACACACGAGAGCCGCCACAUGGAGAACCGUUCUGUUUGGCCAACUACCCCUCGGCAUUCCACAGUGUGAUGUUUAACCCUGUAGAACCCCGUCUGCUGGCCACCGCAAACUCUAAAGAGGGAGUGGGGCUAUGGGACAUCCGCAAACCCCGCAGUUCUCUGUUGAGGUACGGAGGAAGUUUGUCUCUCCAGAGUGCCAUGAGCGUACGCUUUAACAGUACGGGGACGCAGCUGUUGGCUCUGCGCAGACGUCUGCCUCCCGUCUUGUAUGAGCUACACUCACGUCUGCCCAGCUUCCAGUUUGAUAACCAGGGCUACUUCAACUCCUGCACCAUGAAGAGCUGCUGCUUUGCUGGAGACCGAGAUCAGUACAUCCUGUCUGGCUCAGAUGAUUUUAACCUUUACAUGUGGAGAAUCCCUAAUGAUCCUGAAGCAGGAGGUGUAGGCAGAGUGGUGAACGGGGCCUUUAUGGUUCUGAAAGGUCAUCGAUCCAUUGUGAAUCAAGUCCGCUUUAACCCUCACACAUAUAUGAUCUGCUCAUCCGGGGUGGAGAAGGUCAUUAAGGUCUGGAGUCCUUAUCAGCAGCCAGAUAGUGUUGGAGAUCUUGAAGGUCUGGUGGAGGACAAGUCUCGCUCUCUCUACACUCAUGAGGAAUACAUCAGCCUGGUCCUCAACAGUGGAAGUGGACUGUCACAUGAUUACGUCAGCCAAUCUGUGCAGGAGGACCCAAGGAUGAUGGCUUUCUUUGACUCUCUGGUUCGCCGUGAGAUCGAGGGGUGGAGCUCAGAUUCGGACAGCGAUUUGAGCGAGGGAGCGAUUUUGCAGCUGCAUGCAAGAGCGCGACGCGCUACACGAUCCACAGCACGAUCUCCUGCAAAUGCAUCCGCCACUCAUCACAGCGACUCUGACCACUCCUCUUCAUCCUCGUUGGCCGGGCCAAACGCAUCGGGGAGUGAGCGGACUGAUCUGGAUAGGGGUGGGUCGCAGAGGAGCCAGGCGGAGCCACGUGCAUCUGCAUUUCUACUUGACCUUGUGAAUGAGGACUCAGAUUCCAGUGGGUUCUGGUUGGACCCAAUGCCCCGUCCGAGAUCUCCUAGUCCACGUGAAAACUCGAGCCUUUCGAGCCACGCCUCCUCAGAAGGUGUGGCCUCUAGCUCUAGCUCCUCCCCAAGCUCUUCCUCUAGCUCCUCCUCCAGCAGUGACGGCGUUGAUGAGGAAUUACGUAGAAGCAGGAUGCGACAGCGCAAUGCUGCCAGAUGGAGGCGCCAUAUAGGCCUCUCCGGCAGAGACUCCGCCCUCAAUCCUCACACAGCAACAGAUGCCUCCAACUACCCAAGCAUAUCUGUUCAUGAUCUGUCAUCACUCUCUUCGACCUCGGGUGACGAAGGUCGUCCUAUCAGGAAUAGUGGGAAAGAAAAGACAAGCGGACACAUCUCAAGUCCCACACGCUUAUCUGACAGACUUGCUCAAUCACAGUCCAGAUUUAGACGCCGCAUCAUUUCCUCCCACUCAGGUGACGAUGCCCCUGUUGAGAGGGCAAAAUCGCGGGUUGGCUUGUGUGCAGAGUCCACAGAGGAACUAGAGAGGGGGAGAACUAGCGGGGAAGACUUAAAUGUGACACACAGUGCACAGGAGGAAGUAAUUGAAACACUCAGCAGUCACACCACAGUAGGCUCUGGGGUUAACGGACGUCCACAUACGGAUGUGGAGAGUGAGAGCCCUGCAGACUCAAUUCACGCAGAAUGCUCUAUGGCAGACACUGAUCUCAGUAAGAACUCAGGAGAGCCCUCUGGAUGGGAGGCAGCCAGUGUUGCUGGGAAACGGACUUGUUCAGACUCCGGAGAUGAGGGGUAUUCUCCUUUGGAGAAGAAGGCGAAAAUAUUGUGAUGUCACCGCACAGACAGACUGGCUCGGAGUGAAACUUAUUUUGACUUAUUCACUUUUGGACUCUUUCAGCAUCUUUUGAUUUCUAAGUUCUAAACCAACUUCCCUCAUUCUCUUUCUCCAAUGUCAUGCAUUUUGGGGUCACGCCACAGUGAUGACACUAAAAAAAUAUUAUUGAUAUUAAUAUGGUAUGAAAAAAGAAUAACUGCAGUGUUUUUGGUUUCAUAAUAUUUUAGUUUCAUUAAACCUGUAACCUUUA